AAUUACAAGAACCACAAAGUGCUUCAGAUCUUACUUUGCCACCUUCACUCUGCAAUACUUUAAGUGCCUCAUUCUGGAUAAUGGAUGGAACUUUUAAGACAGUUUUGUAUAUUUUUUGCCAACUUUAUACAAUUCACGCUCCUGUAGGCUCAGAAAGUAACUCAAGAAUCUUACCAUUAGUGUAUGCUCUCAUGACACACAAAUCAGAAGAAAUGUAUAG